AAGAAACCAGAGAGACGGCGAGGGGAAGUAGAGGUGGCGUUCAGCCUCACUGUCUCCCAGCAGAGCUGGUGUCUAGCCGGUGGCCGCAGCGGAACACUACAAGCCACGCUGGCUGCUCAUGGAGCUGAAGACUCGAGCGGAGACGGGAUGCUCCCGGCUGCCGAGAUCGGCAAGGCACCGGAAACCCCGGGCUGCUCUGAAAGUGAUAACGAAAGGAAGGACGUCGAGGAGAAACAUGACAUAAAUAUCGCAGCUCUUGUUGGAAAUGAACAAGUCAAUGAAGAUACAGAUAAUGGUGAUCUCACUUCCUACGUGUCUGCAUUUAUAGAAAAAGAAGUUGGAAAUGACCUUAAAUCUUUAAAGAAACUUGAUAAACUCAUAGAACAGAUGACAGAAAAUAAAAUGCAGUUAGAAGAACAGGUACUUACAAUUUCAUCAGAAAUCCCUAAAAGAAUACAGAGUGCCUUAAAAAAUGCAGAAGAAUCAAAGCAAUUCCUUAAUCAGUUUCUGGAGCAAGAAACUCAUCUUUUCAGUUCCAUCAACAGCCAUUUGCUGACCGCACAGCCCUGGAUGGAAGAUCUGGGAGCCAUGAUGAACCAAAUUGAAGAGAUUGAGCGCCAUCUUGCUUACCUUAAAUGGAUUUCACAAAUUGAAGAACUCAGCGAUAACAUUCAGCAAUACCUGAUGACCAAUAAUGUUCCAGAGGCGGCCUCCACUCUCGUGUCUAUGGCAGAACUUAACAUCAAGCUCCAGGAAUCAUCUUGCACUCAUCUCCUUGCUUUCAUGAGAGCCACCGUUAAAUUCUGGCAUAAGAUUCUCAAGGACAAGCUUACAAGUGACUUUGAGGAAGUUUUAGCCCAGCUGCAUUGGCCUUUCAUCACACCCCCUCAGGCUCAAACUGCUGGCCUGAGUCGUCCAGCCAGCGCCCCUGAGAUACACAGUAGCCUGGAGACACUGUUUUGUCAGCUUCUGAAACUGCAAACCUCAGAUGAAUUACUCACUGAGCCAAAACAACUUCCGGAAAAAUACUGUCUUCCUGCAUCCCCGUCAGUCAUCCUGCCCAUCCAGAUUAUGCUGACUCCCCUUCAGAAGAGGUUCAGGUAUCACUUCCGAGGGAACCGACAAACUAAUGUUAUAAGCAAGCCUGAAUGGUACUUGGCUCAGGUACUUAUGUGGAUUGGGAAUCACACUCAGUUUCUGGAUGAGAAGAUUCAGCCAAUAUUAGACAAAGUGGGCCCUUCGGUCAACGCACGGCUUGAGUUUUCCCGGGGCCUCAUGAUGCUCGUUCUGGAGAAGUUAGCUGCAGACAUCCCAUGUCUGCUCUACGACGACAGUCUCUUCUGUCAUCUGGUGGAUGAGGUGCUCCUGUUUGAAAGGGAGCUGCACAGUGUCUACGGCUAUCCCGGCACUUUUGCCAACUGUAUGCAUAUUCUGUCAGAGGACACCUGUUUUCAGAGGUGGUUGACCGUGGAGAGGAAAUUUGCUCUUCAGAAAAUGGACUCAAUGCUUUCAUCGGAAGCUGCUUGGAUAUCCCAAUAUAAGGACAUCACUGAUGUGGACGAGAUGAAAGUUCCAGACUGUGCAGAAACUUUCAUGACACUACUCUUGGUUAUAACUGACAGAUAUAAAAAUCUUCCCACAGCUUCUAGAAAGCUACAGUUUCUGGAAUUACAGAAGGACUUAGUAGAUGACUUCAGGAUACGGUUAACUCAGGUGAUGAAAGAAGAAACUAGAGCUUCCCUUGGCUUUCGAUACUGUGCAAUUCUCAAUGCCGUGAACUAUAUCUCCACAGUACUAGCAGACUGGGCUGACAAUGUUUUCUUCCUGCAGCUCCAGCAGGCAGCACUGGACGUCUUUGCAGAGAACAACGGCCUCAGCAAACUGCAGCUGGGACAGCUGGCCUCCCUGGAGAGUUCUGUCUUUGAUGACAUGAUUCACCUGCUGGAGCGCCUAAAGCAUGACAUGUUGGCCCGCCAAGUAGACCACGUUUUUAGAGAAGUUAAAGAUGCUGCAAAAUUAUAUAAAAAAGAAAGGUGGCUGUCGCUGCCGUCGCAGUCUGAGCAGGCGGUGAUGUCCCUGUCCAGCUCGGCCUGCCCGCUCCUGCUCACCGUGCGGGACCGCCUGCUCCAGCUGGAGGAGCAGCUUUGCUUCUCCUUGUUUGCAGUCUUCUGGCAGAUGCUCGUCGAGAAGCUGGACGUGCACAUCUACCAGGAGAUCAUCCUCGCCAAUCACUUCAAUGAGGGCGGGGCAGCCCAGCUUCAGUUUGAUAUGACUCGGAACCUGUUCCCCCUGUUCUCCCGCUACUGCAAGAGACCGGAAAAUUACUUCAAACACGUCAAGGAAGCCUGCAUUGUUUUGAAUCUGAACAUUGGCUCUGCCCUCCUUCUGAAGGACGUCCUGCAGUCAGCCUCCGGGCAGCCUCCUGCCACGGAGGCCUUAAAUGAAGUUGGAAUUUACAAGCUGGCUCAACAAGAUGUUGAGAUUCUACUUAAUUUGAGGACAAACUGGCCUAAUACAGGAAAAUAAAGCAUCUUUUCUUGUUUUGGA